UUGUCCAGGCGAGGGCGCUGUGUAAACUUUGAUCUUUGGGGAGAUGUUAGAUCAGCAGUCAGGACUGAGAUAACAGCACAAACAAUAGUUUUAUCAGUUGGAACUGUGAAGACAGUAAAUAUGUGCGACGGACUCUAGCUUUGGCUUUUUCUGGCUCACCUCGAGAGGAUUAUAAAUUCUGUGUUUUAGGAAGAAGACCUGCUGUAGAGGGACUGUAGUGGACUGAGUCCAGCUAACUCACUCGUUCAUGUGCAAGUUUGUGGCUGAAUUUGAAUCAAAACUGGACUUCUGGACGUAUCGGGCUGGAAUUGUCACUGACUCGCGAGGCCUCGAGCACUUUAAUACGCCUUUAGCUUCAUGUAGCCGAAGCAAUGCUGUGCUUUCAUUUUACAGGCGUAGCUAGCUAGCGGGCUAGCUCGUUGACGUAGCCGCACGCCGGGGUCGCGGCGUUCGUGGUCGGCGUGCCGACUAACGCAAUGCCGCUGGUCCGAGGAGGCCUAGUCGUAGUGCCAGUUUCAGCAAGCUAACGUUAACUGGAGGAACUGGGCCGCUGUAAAUUUCAGCUAAUUGUUAAGAGACAACGGUUUUGGUGUUUACAUUUGAGUAGAGUCGACGCAAUAAGGGUUGAAAACCGGAGAAAGUCAGCUUAUGGAGGAUUAUUGAGACAUCUGUUAAGAGCUCUGCAUGUAUGCAAGUUACCACUAAAGAGGCGAGUUAAUCCCGAGCUGCUGUCAGUAAGGAGUCUGUAGGAGUCUGACUGAUAUUUACAUGCAGGUUGGUUAUUAAUUUGCUGAACACUGAGACAUAUCAUUCAUCAUUAAUCACCCCCGAGGAAGCAACCCGGGUUUAAUCCAGUCAGAAACAAGCCACAAUCAGUUCCUGCUUUGUGUUUUUAGUACUAACAGGUGGGAGGCUUUGAGUUAGUUUUAGCAGCACUUUAUCUUUAAAAGUCCUACUGGUGUGUGUGUGUGUGUGAACAUGAGGGACCGACCGUCUGAGCCACCUUCCAAGUAGCUUAAAGUUCUGAUCAAAGCACACCAACAGAAAGCCCCAUUGUGUGGACUGCAGCCUGAAGAGGAAGAGAGAUGUUGAUGAUUAAAAAGGCCCAGUGACGGUGUUCAUCCCAGGCCAGGAAGCAGACAUGAGCCACCGCCAGCCCACAUCCACCCUGGACAGCCCUUUUGCUGCUUGGAUCAGCAGUCUGACUAUUGGGGACUCCGACCGCAAACCCUCUGCCAACCAGCACCGAGAGCUUCUAGUGGACGGCUUACCGGACUGCACAAGUCCUGGUCUUGUCCAUAGGUGUGUGGUUGUCCAAAAGGACCAGCUUGGUUUCGGCUUCACUGUGUGUGGAGAGAAGAUCAAGCUUGUGCAGAAUGUCCGACCAGGCGGUGCCGCGGUCAAGGCCGGGGUCCAGGAGGGGGACAGGAUCAUUAAGGUGAACGGCUCGCUGGUGUCCUCCAUGUCCCAUCAGGAGGUGGUGAAGCUCAUAAAAUCUGGAACCUACGUCGCCCUGACGCUACAAGGACCGCCCCCCUCUGCCAUCUCCUUUCCCUUAGAGCCCCUCUCGUCUGACCUCACACCCAAUCAGAGAACCUCUGUGAGUGGAGAGGCCCCACCCCCUCCACCUCCACCUUUACCGUCUGGACCGAGCAUCACCCCAUCCCAAAGAAUCACUGGACCCAAACCUCUACAGGACUCUGAAGUGCAGAAACAUGCAAGUCAGAUCCUCAGGAAGAUGCUGCAGCAGGAAGAGGCUGAGCUGCAGGAGCUCAUGGAGGAACGGCUGAGGAACCCGUCUCCUUCGCUCGAGGAGCGGAUCGAAAGCGCCAAGAGGAGAGCUCAUCAAGUCCGGGUCAAGAUCCAGCAGGAUGUGGAGGGGACACGAUCAGAGUCUGUGUUCAGCUCAGGAGAAGCUCGACUUUCCAUGGAGUUCAGUGAAGGAGAAGUGGAGGUGAGCUUCAGUCCCAGCAGGUCGAAUGUGUGUGCUCAUUCCACUCAUCCCGUUCCCUUCAUCCUCCCUCCCCAGACCUUUGAGAGCCCCUACUCCUCCCCCUUAUUACCCUUCAGGACCCCCGCCCACCGACGCCACUUCUCGGACACACAAUCCCUGUUUGACACGAGCGAAAAGCCACAGAUCAUCAGUCCUGAAGAUGUCGACGACGACGACGGCAACACCUUUAAUGAAAUGGACGGCCUGUUCCAGGACAUCGAGUCACUGAAGUGUCGACAAGCACACCUGAUGGUUUUCAUGAGAUACAUCUUCACCCAGGUGCUGGACCCCAACCCUCUGCUUUUCUACCUGUUAGUAGAAAUCUACCUGGACUGUAAUCCUAAAGAUGCUCGAGGACUUGCAACACAGAUCUGCUCCCUCUUCCUGGAUCCAGAUGCUCCUUUGAAAAUGAAAGUACGGGAGGAUUAUCUAAAAGAUAUCGAGAGUCGUCUCAGUGCGCAGGAGGACAUCAGAGGACCUCUUUCUGAGCUGCAGCAGCAGGUGCUGCCGGACAUCCAGGAGCAGAUUCAAGACUACAGGAACAAGCAGAAGAUGGGUCUGGCGUCUCUGUUUGGAGAAGGAGACCUGCAGCUGCUGGACGGAGACUCGCUGAAGGAGAAGCAGGUGGUGGACCAGCAGGUCUCCGCCCUCUGGGAGAUUCUAACCGAGCAUGAAGACGACCGAAGCUCUCCUCUGGCAUCAGCCGUCCUCCUCUACCUGCGUCACUCCGGCAUCAAGCUGAGAGACUCCAAAGUGUUUCCCAGUCCCAGCACCGAGAAGGAGAAGUGGCUCCCUUUCCUAAAACCUAAAAAGCUGAGCAGCAACAAGAAGGACAAGGAUGGAGACGAUAGAAGGAAGAAUCCCAUCCUGAAGUAUAUAGUGAAGCCCUGGGCCACGUCUCAGUCCACGUUCCACGUCCCGUUGUCGCCCUCAGAAGUUUGUCCUGGCAGUGUGAAGAACAUCAUUAACCAGUUUGAGAAUCUCACAGACACUCCAAGAGAGGAGGUGGAUGAGACUGUGGACCCCCAGAGACUGUCCUCCAGCAGCCUGGGAGAAGAAGACAUGGACAGUCCGAUGGUCUCAGUGCGUCUGGCACGCAGCGAGUCUCUGAAGGCUCAGGGAGAACGCCGGCGGCGGUGCGCCACCUCAGGAGGAGACUCUGUGCCCCGCUCUCGAAGCGACGUGGACAUGGAGGACUGCGAAGAGGAGCGGGACCAACCAGGCCUCCGACCCCUGCAGCACAGCGCCUCUUCAUCAGCAUCCAGCUGUUCCGCUCGGUCUUUUGAGAACCCUACUCCCCCAUACACCCCUCGGUCUAGACGCAGGAGCGUGGACUCACCACUGGCCCUGCUGCCAGAUGCUGCAGCGCUGGAGGACGAUGUAUGUGAGGGCCAGAACUGGCAAGACACUGUUCCUGCUCAGCUCCUCUCAACGCUCAGCCCGAGGGAGGUGGACAGGCAGGCCGUCAUUUAUGAGCUCUUCACCACCGAGGUGUCCCACCUACGAACGCUGCGAGUCCUGGACAAGGUUUUCUUCCAGAAGCUGAGGUCUGUGCUGAGUUCCGAGGAGCUGGCCUGCAUCUUCCCAAACCUGCCUCAGGUCUACGAACUCCACGCGAGUCUUUGUGAAGCCAUGAAGAAGCAGAGAGAGUCUGCCAUUGUUCAGGACAUUGGAGGCGUCAUGGUGGCCAGGUUUGAAGGGACAGCUGGCAGCGAGUUUCAGGAACAGGCCUCGCUGCUGUGCUGCCAGCAGACUCGGGCUCUGGAUCUCAUCAAGAACAAGAAACGCAAGGAUCCUCGCUUCGCCCAGAUCAUCCAGGAGUGUGAGGCGAGUCCUCAGUGUCGGAGGCUGCAGCUCAAAGAUCUGCUGGUGUCUGAGAUGCAGAGACUCACCAAGUACCCGCUGCUCCUGGACAACAUCAUCAAGUACACAGAGGCUGGUUCGUCAGACCUCCCACCGCUUCAGCACGCUCAGGCUUGUUGCCGUGGGAUACUGCAGGCAGUCAACGAGGACGUCAGGGAGGCGGAGCAUCGGCAACGUCUCAGUCAGUACCAGCGCAGGCUGGACGCUGCUCCUCAGUUCAAGCACCUGGACCUCACCACCAAGAGGAUGAUUCAUGAAGGUCCUCUCAUGUGGAGGAUCGGCAAAGACAAGCAGAUAGAGGUCCAGGCUCUGCUGCUGUCAGAUUACCUCGUCCUGCUGCAGAGAGCCCCAGACGACCGGCUGCAGCUACGUUAUCCAUCCCGCUGGCUGGGAGGCGGAGGAGGAGGAGGAAGCAUUGGAGACAGCAAGACCUCCUUCAGCCCUCUGUUGAAGCUGGAAUCGUUGUUCGUCCGCUCCGUCGCUACAGACGUCAGAGCUCUGUUCAUCCUCAGCACCACGGAGAACCAGAUGUACGAGCUGGGGAUGGCAACACAGUCGGAGAAGAGCACCUGGAAAGAUUUGCUUGACAAGGCCAUCGUUUGCGCUGGAGGCUCGUUGCACGUCAACCACGGAUCGCACAAAAUCUCGAUUCCCCCCAGUUCUCCCAGUCUGCGCAGCGCGUCGCCCGUCUCAACAGGAAGUGAAGUCACUGAGGACGCCUCCACGGCACGGCCGUGUGACUCUCCUGAGACCCGGGCCUACAGCGACGACAUCUCUCAGCACACGCCCACGGACCCAUCAGGAGCCGCCAACUAUGAGGAAAAACAGGAAGUGUGUGUGGCAGAAGCUGCUUUACAAGACGUUGAAACUCUGCGGCAGCUCAUAUUACAAGAUCUGGAUGAGGAUGGGUGGAGCCACAACUCGGAUGACACGCCCACUAACGAGAUGACCAACGGAGGGAGAUCACUGACUGAAACAGAGCAACCCGACUCCCUGGAGACCAUCCUCGGUGUUGAGGAGGAGGAGUCCAACGGGGCUCCGCCCUCUGACACCACGCAGCCCAGCGUUAAGGUCGUGAGGAAAGCUGUGGUUGCGGGUCCUCCUUCUUCUUCUCUCCCCGAUGGCAUCACUGAUGAUGUUAGCCUCCCCCCCGAUCAGUCCUCCAGCUCUAGAGGCGAGGCCCGAGUGCAGGGGAACACGUUCUACCUGGUGAUGCCCUCAGAGCAGGGGGAGAGCUUCACCGAUGACCUCAGCGACCCCCCUACACCCACCGCCAGCCACUUCCCUCCUGUGGAGGAAGUGAUGCCGCUGCAGACACAACCCGAGGAGGACACCUGCUGCCCAGAGCUCAACCAAUCAGAGGCUAUGCAACAGAACGAGGAGGAGGAAGCAGAACAAAUGGCCCCGUCGAAGUCUGGGCCACGGAAAUGCGUGAUUAAGAAUGCGGAUGAGAUUUUUUUCACAAUCGAGGCGCUGAUGAGAAAGUUGCACAAGCUGAAGGAAGUUGAGAUGGCCCACAACAAACUCCUGGAAACUCUCCGUGACCCUUCAUUCAGUCUGGAGUCGGAGGACCAGCCUUGUCACUUGGCAACCGUCUCCAGGACGCCCUCUAUGGACCGCAGCUCAGGAGACGGUACAGACGGGAACCCAGGUGCUCCCAAAAUCCUGUCAACGGGAUUCUGAGGUCUUUACCAGGUGGACUUGUGCCCGACUGAAGCACCUAUGUGUCAAUAAAAAACGGAUUCAGCUCCAUAGAUGCCCCGCCCCUCACCCUAGUUUUGGUUUCCCUGGAAUACUAAAGGUGUCUCACUUCCAGGAAAGCCAUGAUGGAAGCACGAAGAAGGAAUAAUGAGAAGUUUACCGGCAAAGAGGAAUUGAUAAAGUUGGGAAAAACUGACCAAGUUGGAGACUUGUAAAGGAAAAGUGACUCGUAUAUAUUUUUUUGGUAGCUGGUUGAAGUAACGGAGCAGAAAGCGUGGAAAUGUGGAUUUAAGGAAUUUUUCCAAGGGCCCUGUCAUCCCAGCACUUUACCCACAAUGCAUUUCUCUGUGUUUGUCGUCUUGCUGCAAACCGAUUGGAGAUGAAAGGAUUCAGGCCACGUUUAGCCAAGUUUACCUGCCGCCUCGGCAGAAGGACUGUGUAUUCAGGUCAUUUGCACUGCGUAAGGAAACCAAUGUCGCACGCACACACACACACACACACACACGCUUCACCUAACUCACUAAAUCACUGUGGCAGGAAUAUUAAAACACUCGUUACUCGUGUUUUGCUUUAGGUUAAUCUGCAGGACUUCUGUUCACCGGAGAAAACGUCCUUCCAAACGUUUAGUUUGUAAUUUUAGGAAACACUACGGCACUAUUUACUACUGAAAAACUGGCAGGUGCUUAUUAUUAUUAUUAUUAUUAUUAUUAUUAUUAUUAUUAUUUCACCACUACUUCCAACGCCUAAAAAGGCGAAGAAUUUGGGAAGUUCAGGUUGUUUCAGAACUGGAAUUGCUACCAAAUCCCACCAAUGUUUCUGGACCAUGCUUCCUUCAGCAGUGUGUUUGUAUUUUAGAUCCAACGGUGAAUACUGUGAACUGUUGCCCCACUGGUGAUCAUCCCGUUUAUAAUCUCUCACCACAUUCACAGCCGUGAGUUGGGAGAGUCUUUCAUUUACUGGGAGAAAAAAAUGGCUGUUGAGCAGUGGUGUGGCGUUUUGGUAAAUACACUUCGGUGCUGAUGUAAUAAUCAGAGGAACAGAACCAACUUCCACUUAUUACAUCACAUCGUUUUUAGGAUUAUUUUCUUCAUCUGUUAUUAUGAAUUGGAAGUUUCUAGAGUUUGGAUAUCUGGAUUUUUCAGUUUGGUGUGUGUGUCGAUAAACUUCCCAAGAGUUCUGGAACUGGCCGACUGAACUAGAAUCUCCCAACCUUUCAUCCGGUUGGGAUUAAAUUGUUGUUGUAAAUCUGUGAAGGCUGACUUGGGGGCCGCUCACAAAUAUAAGAAUGUGGAGGAGGAUUGAUGUUUUUGUUUUGUUUUGGAAUUGUGAGAUUGGUCAAAACCAAACUAAGCGUCUGCAGCCUGACAGCUGAUAAGUUCACACAGUGAGUUCAGAUUCAGGUGUGUUAUGCUGCAUAAGUUCAGAACUUCCAUUAUUAUUAUAACUUUACUUUUUACACAGCCGAAGGCAGCACCAAUGUCGGAUUGGUUUUUGAUUCUUAUCUUUCUACUUUAUUCAGAAAAUAUUAAAUUUUUUGAAAAUUUUCUGCAUUUCUCAGCAUAUAAUUCUAAGCAUUUCUGCUUUGUCCAUGAAAUAUUCAUUUGUCUUUAACAUUUAGAUUUAAUUCUAAUGUAGGUUUUGUUCCCUCGGCAUUUAUAUCUUUCUCUGUUUCUAUAGAAAUACAAGCCGUCAUACGUCGUCGACACACUGAACUGGAAGUCUGAUACUAAACCUUGAAACAAGAAAACUGAAAACUCCUGAUAUGAAAUUACGUGUAUUUACCAGAAAGCAAACUAAUUAUUGUUAUGAACAACGAACGACUGACACUACAACCACGUGCUUUUCUUUUGGUACUAAUUUUACUCCAUACUAAAAAGUGAAUCCUGCUUUUUUCGUCUAAAUAUUUUGGUACUUGUUUUUUUUUUUUUCCUGUUUGUUUCAAGACUGAUUUUCUUGCAAUGCUCAGCAAGAACACAACCGAAUGAUUUCAUUUGAGCUGCUUUUCAGAUAAACCUUUGGAGUGAGUUCAUCAGCCUUCUGACGCACAACCACUGUGCAAAUAAACUCAUGUUGUGUGUCUGGUAAAAGGUGUUUACCAUCUCUAAAGUUAUCCAGUGCAGCUGGGAAACAAAACCAACCGAAAACCACAAGACUGACUUUUGUCUCAGCAGAAAACAAACUUCAAAUGGGUUUUUGAAGUUUUUACCAAAGCGAAAUAUUUCCUCAGAGGUGAUAAAGGGAACACUUGUUUUCUUUUAGGUUUUGGCUGCUGAUUGUUCAACCACCUCGGACCAGAACACUAAAAAACAUCACACUUCUCGUCUAACUGUAUUUUAGCACAAAAAUAAAAGGAAACAAAAGUCCCACUAGUCUGAGCUGGUUGAGUCUAGAUCUGCCUUUUAAAGUCUCUAUUUUCUACCUCCACACAUCUUUGUACCUUUUCUUUUUCCUGCUAACUAACUGGGAAAAUAUUUUAAAACUAAUCAAUUCCAUUUUUAAAUGUUGCACAAACAAAUCUACCCUGCACAGUGCAAACUACUGUAAGCAUAAACACGUUUUUAUUUUAAUAUCAUUCUAUUUUAAUUUUGUCUUUAAAAAGAGAGAAACUUGCUCACAUGUAAUAUAGAGAAAUCAGACCCACAUUUUUUAUAUACAUGAUCAUUUUUUUGUUCUGUAAAGCCUUAGUUCUUCUAUUUGAUUUUAUUUUUGUAAAAGAAAUAGUCAUUUUAAAAAAGAAUGCAUAAAUUAUUUUGUUUUUGUUUAAAAAAUGGAAGUUUGUUAGCUGCUCAGAAGGUAAAACGAUCUUGUUUCUGAUUCAUGUGUUUGGUGAGAUUAAAACUGAAGAAACUGGA